AAGUGGUUUAACAAAUUAGAAAAUAAAUAAAUUAUUACAAAAUUGAUUGACGUGGGGUUUUAUUAUAUUUAAAUGUGUCCAGGAAACCCUUUUGCUCUACAUAUUGUCAAGUGCAUUCAAUAUUUUGUGUUUUUCACCAGCAAAGAGAAAAUCUAUCUAUACCGUAUCUCCCAUAUUUUCUUUAUGCAAUUUGGAAACAACCGCUUUUCCUUAAAGAAAACUUACAGAAACAAACAGUAUUUCCUGUAUUUGUACAUGCAAAUGGAACAAAUAUUGUCAUUAAUCCCCAUUAGGACGUGCCCUGACAAACAUGCUUGUGUGUGACCUGAGCUGCACAAUUGCUACGGAAGUUCAACAAUGACCAAUGAAUUUAAUCACAACAUGCAGAUGUAUGUAAAUCUCUGCCGUGAAGCAAUAAACAAGCACCAAACAAACCUCCAGGGAGUUUCCUUCUCCAGUUCUUCCUUAAUAUACGUAUCACAUUACUCGGCCAGUGGAAAAUCAAUAUCAGUGGAGCCAAAAUCUCUGUGCUACUCUGUUCAUUGCUGUUUUUUCUGCACUCUGUGCUGCUGCAGUUGAAGCUUUUCAAUGAGCCUGAGGAUAUUUGUGUGUAAACAGGGCAGAUGUUUGGAUGCAACACCUGGAUAACACCUGUAAUCUGGAGCAUUGAUUUAUUUCGGCUCGAUGUCGCUCAUUUGGCUGAUGCUGCUGUUCUCAGCCCAUUUGUCCGAAUGUGUGCCAGAGAAGCCAAAGAGGUCAGCGCUGAACCAGCUGACCAGGACCCUGCUGAGACAAUAUGACUGCGGCGUCCGGCCUGUUCACAACUGGACCAGUGCUACCACAGUCUCCAUAGACCUCAUACUGCAGUCUGUCCUUGGAGUGGAUGGAAAAACACAGAGUAUGACAAUUAGUAUUUGGUACAGACAGAUCUGGACCGAUGAGUUCCUGGUUUGGGAUCCAGAGGAGUUUGAUGGCAUCACAGAAAUCUCGCUGUCAUCAGAUGCAAUCUGGAUUCCUGAUGUCAUCGUCAGUGAACUUGUGGAUGGAGGGAAAUCUCCACCGAUCCCUUAUGUUUACGUCAACUCCUCCGGCUCAGUGAAGAACUAUCGGCCCAUGCAGGUGGUGCUGGCCUGCAGCCUGGAGAUGUACGCGUUUCCCUUUGACAAGCAGAACUGCAGCCUCACCUUCCGCAGCUGGCUGCACUCAGUUAAUGAAAUAGACCUCUCUCUGUGGAGGAGCGCGGAGGCCAUCGCUAAUGACAAGAGGGAGUUCAUGAAUGACGGGGAAUGGGAGCUGCUGUCCAUCCCUUCACGCUACUGGCAAAUCCACCACGACAACACCGACUACGCACACAUCCAGUUCAAUGUUUUGAUCCGCCGGCGCCCCCUGCUGUACGUGGUGGGUCUCCUCAUACCCAGUAUCUUCCUCAUGCUGGUGGAUGUGAUCAGCUUCUAUCUGCCUCCGGACAGUGGCGUACGCAUCGCCUUCAAGAUCAGCAUACUGUUGGGCUACACCGUCUUCAGAGUCAACCUGACGGACGAACUGCCCUCCUCUGCUGUCACGACUCCUCUUAUCGGUGUGUUCUUCGUGGUGUGCAUGGCCAUGCUGAUGCUCAGCCUGACCAAAUCCAUACUGGUGGUGAAGCUGCUCCACCACAGUGAGAAGGAGGUCAGGGAAAUGUCGGUGUCCGCCUGCCUGCUGGACAAGUACGGCUCAAGUGGUCACGACUUCGACGACAGCGCUGUGACCUCUGUCAAAACCCUUGAACACAUCAACGCGAGUGAUGAUUAUGAGCUGGACUCCUCACUGGAGGGUGAUUUGCUGUCCCUGACUGAGAUCCAGGAGGUUUCUCCUGGGCCGGAAUGGCUCCUCCAGGAGCUGAUUUCCCUUCGCUUGGCUCUAUCCCAGGAGGACAGCGAGUCCGCAGCUCAGGGUGAUUGGCUGGCCCUGUGUUCAAAGCUCGACUGUUUGCUGUUCCGUCUCUACCUGUUGGUGCUGGCCCUGUACGCUGGUACUCUGCUGCUGCUCUGGGCCACCUGGAGCUUUGCCUGAACUCAUGCUCAAAGACUUUGUUGAUUUUUACUGAACAGAACAAGCUUCUUGUGUGAUGAUGUUGCCGGAUGCAGAUCU